AUGCGCGAGACAAAACCCGCUGAGAAGAAAGUGGACCCUCGAAAUCCCUCCUCACUGACUGAGUUCAUCCUCACUGGUCUCACAGAACAGCCACAACUCCGGCUGCCCCUUUUCCUCCUCUUCCUAGGAAUCUAUGUGAUCACAGUGAUGGGGAACCAGGACAUGAUCACACUGAUUGGACUCAGUUCUCACCUGCACACCCACAUGUACUAUUUCCUCAGCAAUUUGUCCUUUAUUGAUCUCUGUCAGUCCACUGUUAUUACCCCCAAAAUGCUGGUGAACUUUGUGACGGAGAAAAAUAUCAUCUUCUACCCUGAAUGUAUGACUCAACUCUACUUCUUUCUUCUUUUUAUUAUUGCAGAGAGUUGUAUGUUGGCUGAAAUGGUAUAUGACUGCUAUGCUGCCAUCUGUAAGUGCUUGCUUUAUAAUGCCAUCAUCUCUUAUUAUAGGAGCUUCCAGCUCACAGCAGCCGUGUACAUCUUGUGCAUCAUUCAACUGACAUUCCAUACUUGCCUUACAUUGAGACUUUAUUUUUGCAAGGCCAGUGUGAUUAACCACUAUUUCUGUGAUGUUUUUCCACUCAUGGAACUAUCCCGUUCUAGCAUCUAUUUCAAAGAAUCAUUGGCUCUAGUCUGCAGCUCUUUCAAAGUCCUGAUUCCUGCCUUAACUAUUCUCAUCUCCUACAUCUUCAUCCUCUACAAAAUAGUCCACAUCCACUCCACAGAGGGCAGGUCCAAAGCCUUCAGCACCUGCAGUUCCCACAUCUUGGCUGUUGCUAUUCUCUAUGGAUCUGCAGCAUUCAUGUACCUGCAGCCAUCAUCACCAUCAUCUGUGAGCUCCAUGGGCCAAGGGAAAGUGUCCUCUGUGUUUUAUACUAUUGUUGUGCCCAUGCUGAAUCCCCUGAUCUACAGCCUCAGGAACAAAGAUGUCAAUGUUGCCCUGAAGAAAAUGCUUAAGAGAAUAUUUUUGUGA